AUGGCAGCCGAUAUGAGCGGCGAGCAGAUGCAGGCCAAGAUCACCGCGGCCCGGCGCGAAGCUGAAGGCUUGAAGGAUAGGAUCAAGCGCAGAAAGGAUGAGCUGGCCGAUACCACUCUCCGUCAGGUCGCGCAAAAUCAAACCGACACUUUGCCUCGCAUCGGAAUGAAGCCCCGUCGGACGCUCAAGGGUCAUCUCGCCAAGAUCUACGCUAUGCACUGGUCGACCGACCGACGUCAUCUCGUCUCUGCUUCGCAAGAUGGAAAGCUUAUCAUCUGGGAUGCCUACACUACAAACAAAGUCCAUGCAAUCCCAUUGAGGUCAUCGUGGGUCAUGACCUGCGCCUAUGCCCCGAGUGGAAACUACGUUGCGUGUGGUGGUCUAGAUAACAUCUGCUCAAUCUACAACCUCUCUUCCCGCGAAGGUCCCACGCGUGUUGCGCGCGAGCUGUCAGGACAUUCGGGAUACCUCUCUUGCUGCCGCUUCAUCAACGAUCGCCGUAUUAUCACCUCGUCCGGAGACAUGACUUGCAUGCUGUGGGAUAUUGAAUCGGGCUCGAAAGUGACUGAAUUCGCCGACCACCUGGGCGACGUCAUGUCGAUCAGCAUUAACCCUACCAACCAGAACAUCUUCGUCUCGGGCGCCUGCGAUGCUUUCGCGAAACUCUGGGAUAUUCGUACCGGAAAGGCUGUUCAGACUUUCGCCGGACACGAAUCGGACAUCAAUGCUAUCCAAUUCUUCCCCGACGGAAAUGCAUUCGGCACGGGCUCGGAUGAUACUUCCUGCCGUCUCUUCGACAUUCGUGCAGAUCGUGAACUCAACAUUUACCAGAGCGACCAAAUAUUGUGUGGCAUCACUUCCGUUGCUUUCUCCGUCUCUGGAAGAUUGCUUUUCGCUGGUUAUGACGAUUUUGAGUGCAAGGUGUGGGAUGUUCUCCGAGGCGACAAAGUUGGCUCUCUUAGCGGUCACGAGAACCGGGUCAGCUGUCUUGGAGUCAGCAAUGACGGCAUUAGUCUGUGUACAGGCUCUUGGGAUUCUCUGCUCAAGGUCUGGGCCUGGUAG